UGCGGCGAGUACUCUAGAUUUUUUUUUGUUCUCUGGUGAUAUCCUCGUUUUUCUUUCCACGUCUAGGAUCAAUUCACAACGUUGCGUUUAUUUCGAGCCGAUAAGGAUUUUUAUCGGCAAGUAAAAUGCCUUUCCGUUGUAAAUUGCGUUCGAUUAGCAGAGUCUGCUUGGCCUUUAAAAACUCGCGUACCGAGAAAAGCAAUUCGCAUUUCGCUGCUAGCAUAACCAACAGGAACUUCUCUAUCAGUGGCACGGUCAACAUGAGGUUUGUGCAAUUCACCGGCAAAGAUGGUGGACCUCAGCAUCUGGGGGUGCAACUUGUCCAAGGGGGUGACAUAAUCGCCGUUUCCGCUGUGGACUCGCGAAUUCCUAACACAAUGAAAAAGUUUUUGGAAGGUGGUGACGACAUGUUGAAAAAAGCCAAAAGGGAAGACGAAGUGAACCUGUUGACCAUGGUAGAAAGAAUAGUGGCAGAAGGACGCAGCGUGAUACCAGAAACGGAUGUGACUUUCUUGGCACCAGUUACAAAGAUGGACAAGUUGGCGUGCGUUGGUCUAAAUUAUAGUGGCCAUUGCGAAGAACAGGGAGUAUCGACCCCGGAAUCUCCAGUAAUUUUCAGCAAAUUCCCUAGCAAUAUCAUUGGACCGCGCGAUAACAUCAUGCUUCCGCCGAUCUCAGAGAAAGUUGACUGGGAGGCCGAGCUGGUGAUAGUAAUCGGCAAAAAGUGCAAGGCAUUGAACAAAGACGAGGGAGAAGAAUGUAUCUUUGGUUAUACGAUAGCGCAGGAUAUCACAGCGCGAGAUUGGCAAAAAUCAAAGAGAAAUGGCGGUCAGUUUCUACUUGGUAAAGCUAUGGACACAUUCUGCCCCAUGGGACCAGCUAUUGUUACCAAAGAAGCCAUUUGUGACAUUAACAAUCUUUCAGUCAAGACGUGGGUGAAUGGUGAUAUUAAGCAAGAUGGAAACACAAGCGAGUUGAUUUUUAAACCUCACGAAAUCGUCGCAUAUAUUUCACAAUUUAUGACGUUAUUACCAGGAGACGUGAUUCUAACAGGCACGCCAGCCGGCGUAGGAUUUGCCCGCAAACCACCUGAAUAUUUACAGCGCGGGGACGUUCUAGAAACGGAAAUAGAGGGCCUAGGUCGUCUGAGAAACAAAGUUCUCUGAUCUGGCGGCGAGUGGAACAUGUUCGUGGGAAACGUACGGGAGAACGAUUCACCUGAAGAAUGACCAAACGUACAUUACAGGAAUGAGGAACCGAUGUCACAGGGCCAUGGGCAAAUCGCGAUUUCAUUCUGUACUGAUUUAACGCGCGGUAACACGAGGAAGGAACGAUAUAAUAUGAAACUGAUGUCAGUUUACAAAAAUAGUAAUAAUAAUUGAAAGAGAGAAAAGUUGGAGGUAUAUCGCAAUUUUCUUUAAAAAAUAGUCCAAGCCUAGCCGUACGCAUUCAAAUGUCUCAAUAACAGUAUACUUCUCAUCGUGCAUCAUAUUUACAUACUUUACAGAUUUGUACAAGUAGAGCGAGAUUGUCUCUAAAAAUAUAAACUCGUAUGAGAGAUUUUUUAUCAA